CCGCUCGGCUCUCUCCGUUAGCAUUAGCACGUUAGCUUGCAGCAGCUGUCGGCGGCUGUCAGCCAGUCUAUCACCGGCCGUAGUCCGCCUUCUCGCCCGCAAGGAAGUCGGUGGACGGCCGCCCCCCCUGUGAUCCAGUCUAGGAAGAAGCUGUGGGACAUGGCCAGACCGGAACAAGUCCUGCUGCUGGAGCCGCAACACGAACUCCGGUUCCGAGGUCCCUUCACCGAUGUGGUGACGUCCACUCUGAAGCUGACCAACCCCACAGACAGAAAUGUGUGCUUCAAAGUGAGGACCACGGCCCCCCGCAGAUACUGUGUGCGACCCAAUAAUGGCAUCAUGGAUGCUGGCACCUCCAUCCUUCUUUCUGUCAUGCUGCAGCCUUUCGACUACGACCCCAACGAGAAGAGCAAACACAAAUUCAUGGUCCUAUCCAUGCUGGCUCCCCACGACAUGACGGACAUGGAGGGAGUGUGGAAGGACGCCAAGCCAGAGGAGCUGAUGGACUCCAGGUUGAGAUGUGCCUUCGACAUGCCGCUAGAUAAUGCCAAAACUUGUUGUGCCUUGCAGCAUGAGGACCCUGACCACACGGUGCUUAGUACCUCUCUGCCAAAGUCUGCCAGCGCCUCGUUGGACGACGCGGAGGCGAAGAAGGUCAUGGAGGAGUGCAGGCGGCUGCAGGCGGAGGUGCACAGGCUAAGGGAAGAGAACAGACACAUCCGGGAGAACGAUGGGCUCCGGAAGAGGAAGACCACCCCAGUGGCCCCGCCCCUUGACUCCGCCUCCAUCAUGGCGGCCAGGGAGGAAGGCCUGCUGAGCAGUCGUGUGUUGGCACUGUGUGUGCUCUUCUUCGUGCUGGGAGUCAUCCUGGGAAAACUCAUCCUGUAGACUUCAUCAUGGACAUGUUGAUGACCAUGUCUUCUUCUCCUCCUCCUCCUCCUCCAUGUUGUCAUCAUGUUGUAAGGAUGGAGAUGAAGUGUGAAUGUUGACAAGGAUGCAGCAGACAUGACUCAUGAUGCACUCAAUGCUUCCACACACACACACACACACACACACACACACACACACACACACACACACACACACACACACACACACAUCCUCUCUCUGAUUCAAAGAUGACUUUUUUUUCCCCAAACUGCACUUUUUCUAGCGAUGUUCCUGAGCAGUGAACUUCAUGUCAAUACUUGGAUGCAAAAUUAUACUUUAAACAUCAUCAUGAUGAUGAUGAGAGGUGUGUUUAUACUCACUGUACAACCACAAUGCUUCUGCUGUUUAUGAUAAACAUCACAUGUUGCUUCUA